GUAUGAUCAAAUCAAAGGGACCUAUGCAAAAUAAUGUUAUCGUUAAGCAUUAUGGAAUCUGUUAUCGGUAAGCGGUUACUACUUGCAGCUUGCUACUUUAUAAUCCUGCAGUUACAGAAUUAAUAUCAAAGCUCAAGUUUAUUUAAAAGAACCGUAAAACUUCAAAAUGUCACAGUUACCUGAUUGUCCAGAGAGUUUGAAAAAGAUUAUAAAUUAUUUAAAAAUCGCGUCCGAACACGAUGCCAAAGAUCCAGUGAUCAGUUAUUGGAGUCGUUUGUUUGCUCUUCAGAUGGCUUUGACGAUAGACAAAUCAUCAAAAGAAGCUAAAAAUUUCUUAGUUUCUCUGAUGGACUGGUUAGAAAAACAAAAAACUACUAUGAAGGACAAUGAAAUGAUUACAAACGAGACUGCAGCCCAAGCCCAUUUUGAAAACUAUGCAGUCAAAUUAUUCAAUGCGGCUGAUGCAAUGGAUCGUCAACAGAAUUACAACAAAAACAUCGUUAAGUUGUUUUUCACUGCUGGCCUACUCAUGGAUGUACUUGGUGUGUUUGGUGAUGUUUCCGAAGAAGUCUCCAACACUCAAAAAUAUUCAAAAUGGAAAGCAACAUAUAUACAUAGCUGUAUGAAAAAUGGUGAAACACCAGUGCCUGGCCCGCCUGCUGAAGAAAAUGGAUCAAUUGGAUUUAAUCCUAAAUCAGAAACAAACAGUCAAGAACCACCAAAUAAUAUACCUACCGUUCCUUCUUAUUCACAACCUAGCAAUGAUUAUCCUGCUCCAGCAUUUACCCCGAAUCCAAAUAACACACAGUUGCCCAACACAACAAUAACUACUCCAACAGAGAUUCGUCCAGUUGUAUCAGAAGGUGGACCCCUUGUAUUAAAAGAUGGAAUGAAAUUGACACAAGCUCAAAUUACAAAAGCCCAAAAAUAUUGUAAAUUUGCAUCUAGUGCAUUAAACUAUGAUGACAUAGCAGAAUCUGUUUCAAACCUCCAAAAGGCAUUAAAAUUAUUAACGACUGGUGAAGAUUAGUUGUUAUGAUAUAUUAACAUACAUAUUGUACCUAUAAUUGAUUUUAAUUUAUUUUUUUAUUUCUAAUAUACAAAAUUUAUUAUCAAC